AUGAAGUGUAUAACUUUUCUCUUUCUCUUUUUUUUGAGCUUCCUUUCUUUUCAAUAUGUGGAAAGCACGAAAUAUUUAUCAUCUCAAGAUACCGAUAAUCCCCUAACCCCUUUAAACAAAUUUGACAAAUACUUUUUACGAAUGUACAACAAGGCAUCAAGAUUACAACAAGGAGGAGGAAACUACAUAAAUGGAGUUAAUGUAAAAAACACGAUUUUUAUUUUGUAUUUUUUUGCAAAAUGGUGCCACGCUUGUAAAAUGCAGGGAAGCGAAAUGGAUAAGCUGGAAAAAUACUACGGGAAACGGAUAUACAUACUAAAGGUGGAUAUAGACCAAAACGAAUCGAUGGCCAGAAAAUUCGCUGUGAAGUCAUUACCAACCAUUAUUAUAAUGAAAAAUAAAGCAGUUAUAGCUAAAAAAGAGCAUUUUGUCACGAGUAAUGAUUUGGUGUCUUUGAUAAGAAAACAUUUAUAA